AAGUCAUGCCGUCGGCUAUCCGGAUGCAAUCGCAGACUGGUGAGCAUGCCGGCCACUGCGGCGUCAUCUGGCGCGGCUGCCACGAGACGCAGAUCGACUUUCGCUACAAGCUACGUCACACCGUCCAGCUCGUAGUGCAGUAUGUGACUGACUUGUGAGUGCAAUCUCAGCUGGUACGGCGAGCGGAAACGCAGAUGUGGCGGCGGUCCUCCGCCUGACUGAUUGCUGAGCCACAGCAACCCGACUUAUUCCGCGUACAAAUUGACUUCAGCUGAUUGGCUGCAAAACCUUCGGAGGAGGCUCUGCGCAUCAUCUACCUGAGCUGCUCUUCACUUUUUUCCCUUCCAUCUUCCAUCCUCCACUCGACACUUCUAUCUCAACCACACCGUACUGCUCACCAGGUCUUCAUCCCUCCAUCUUCUCAUCAGCGACCUACCACAUCAACUCAUACAUCAGACACAAUGGGCAAGGACGAGUUCAAGGACGGUGACGCCAAGAAGGGUGCCAACCUCUUCAAGACCCGAUGCGCGCAAUGCCACAACCUCAAGGCGGGUGAGCCAAACAAGAUUGGACCCAACCUUCACGGACUUUUCGGCCGUCAAACCGGUCAGGUGGAGGGCUUCUCAUACUCAGAUGCGAACAAGCAAAAGGGCAUCACAUGGGAAGAGGGCACACUGUUUGAGUACCUCGAGAACCCAAAGAAAUACAUUCCAGGAACGAAGAUGGCUUUCGGUGGUUUGAAGAAGGGCAAGGACAGGAACGACCUGAUCACUUACUUGCGCGAGGAGACGAAGUAAAGAUGGGGCAACGACACAGCAGCCACAAGCAGGUGGCGACGAUGACUCCAGCAUAAUCCGACAACCUGUACCAAUACACCACCUUUAGACGCCGGUUUACAUGUUGCUACGACACGCGACACGAGUAUCUGGCUUGCGGACGAGGAUGGUCCAUUUUCUGUGCUAUACGUAUAUGCAUUCGGCGUUGAGGUCACAAGCGACCUGGUAUACCAGCUCUUCUCUCUUCUCUCUCAAUCAGACGGCACGGCGCCGGACUUUCCUACGUGUCACAACAGGCGACCGUACACAUGCUCUGAAAACUGCUUCGCGCCGGACGCAACGUACUCAACGUGGCUGCCAACUGUCUCCCCCGAGGCUCCGCAAGUCUCGGCAAUAGCUCGGCCUCAAGACCGAUCCAUUGCGUUCCGAUGUGUUCCCACAUGAGAUGUUUGGAGCAAGUUCAGGCACACGACAGCUAAAAGUGCACCGUAAGCAGUAGCGCAAUGCCGAUCGUCACGAGCUGCUCGAUCCGCUCCUUGCGACACCAUCGUCAACUUUGGGC